UGCUGGCCGUGUUUAAUGGGGCCUCCCGCCCAGCACUGUCCUCCCUGUGAGCACUGUGCUCUGGCAGGACCCCGGAGACGCGGCUCGAUGACGAUGCUGGGUCUCUGGGACUCUCAGGUGGAUGACAGUCUGGGGCAGCUGCAGACCUGUGACAGAGAUGUGCAAGCUUCGGACGGCUAAAGCGGCAGCAGUGACUUAUGUCCAGGACAGGACAAGGCAGAACUGUCAGUGACAGAGAGAGACCGGGGGGAACAGGGCUUUGCUUCUGCAGAAAGGAAAGGCCCAGGUAGGCGUGUGCUGCGGGCAAGCUGAACGGAACCAUGGGGGAUGUUUCGGGGCACCUGGACAGCAGACCCCAGAGCAGCAUGGAACAGCUGGCGGGUCUCCCGCGUGGACGGGGACAUCAGGAGGACUGAGUGCACACUCUGGAAUUCCAGUCGCUGCUGAGGGAAGUGCGACCCGAGUUUCGCGGCCUGGGUCGAUUCCAGUCUUUCUCACGGUGGUGUCUUUCCAGCUCCAGGACAGGUGUGUGACCAGUGUCUGGCCUGCCUGCUGUGGACAGACUGCUCAAUAAGGACCUUGUGCUCCAACUACUGGACUUCUGCGCUGUGACAAGAUGCAGACCCGGAGCAUGUGUACGGUGGAGAGGCAGGUGGCUUCAGUUCACGGUGAAGCAGACUGCCGAAGCAGCUUCUAAAAGCUCUGCUUAUAUCAAAUAACCGUGGCGGCAGAUAGGUAAAAGGCUGCCAUGCCAGGGGAGCCUGGGGUUCAGUGCGGACCUGAGAGGGGAGGCUCUCAGACUUCUGUGUAAGCCAAGUCCCUCUGCAGAUACAGCCCAAACCCCAAAUAAAUGUACAAUGUGAUCCCAGAGAUCUGCAGGAAAAUGUAAGCAGGACGUGUUGGCUGUGACAAGAUGCCCAAGAGAAACUAGUUAAAAGGAAGAGAGGCUUGUUUGACUCAUAGCUUCGGUUAUUUUUGGUUCUGUCGCUUUGGGCCUAAGAAAAGUUAGGAUACAGCAACAGUAGCACCUGAUUCAAGCCACCUACUUUAUGGCAGCCACGAAGCAAAAAGAAGAGACUGGUGACAAGAUUUACUUCUCUGGGGCAUGCCUCCGGGACCUACACCUUCCGUUUCUUCCUCUCCACCUCUCAAAAAUGGCAUCCAACCAAGAAUCCAUCGAUGGAUUAAUCUAGAUGAGUUCAGAGCCCUCAUGGCUCAGUCGCCUCCCCAAAGCCCCUUACCUCAACCACGAGCCUUCUUAGGAGGCAUUCCAGAUUCCAGCCAGGACAGAAGAUGGCAGUGAAUGAACACAGAGUAUCAGCAGGGAAGGAGGGCCUGGACCCGCCUCGGGUGCUCUUCAGAAGUGUACUCUAUCUUUCACUUUCUUAAAUGAAUCUAAAAAUAAACGCCAGUGAGAAAGCAGAACUUCCGCAGAGAAGGAACGCGGGAGCCGAAAAGUGGAGUGAAUGCGAGGAGGAGCACACCAGGGGUGUCGCAGUGCGGCUGGCAGGCGAAGAAGCAGACUAGAGGGACACUGAAAUGACUGAACCAAAGAAACACGGAGAAAAGGAGUGAAACAGGUGGACAAGGUGCGGGGGCCUGCGGUGCUCAAGCCCAACACAGACACUGAGCCUCCCAGGAAACAAAGAGAAAGGAGAUAAGGAGGCUUUGAAGAAACAACAUCUGAAAAAAAAAAAAAACAACAAACCCAAAUGUGACAAGCAAGUGAUUCUAAAAUUCAAGUAAGAUAAACUAAGAUACUCACAUCGUGGUUUCCAGACGUGGGCUGGCAGCGAGGGACGCUCAGAACGGAGGGCCAGGGAGGAGGUACCCUCGGAAAACCACCAAGCAGCUUCCCUAGAGACCACGGAGGCCGGAAGGCCACCGCGUCAAUAAUUCUAAGUGGGUAGGGAGAGGGACACACAGGAGAGACAGUCUCAAACUUAGGGGAGUCUCUUUUUCUUCCUCCUUUUAGACCAGCCCGGCAAGCAGUGUUCAGGGCGUCCUUCAGAGUGAAGUGAAGUCAGGUGGUAAGUCAGAGCUGCGGACGGCUGGGGGACGUGCAGGGGGUAGGCGCUCUGAGGCCCAAGCUCAAUCCCUGAGGCCCCAAGGCAGAGGUGAGGACUGACGCACACAGCUUUCUGUCCGACCUGUCCAUGCCUGCUGUGGGCAUAUACACACAAAAAUGAAUAAACGCGACAGACACAUGAUGAAAGGAAGAUCUGUGGGAGCUGUGUGUGCGGCCACGUGGGAGCUAGCCCUGUGGCUUUCAUUUGCAACUACUUUAAGCUUCCUAUGAUUAAAAGGCACCCAGGCCACCUUACUCCCAGUGGGCAGGCCGCAGCCGAAAGGAACAGAAAGCAAGUGGAGUGGGAGAAUUUGCAGGUGAACUGGAGCCCUGAGUCCUGCUCAUGAGAAUGGAGAGAGGCGACCGCUCAAAAGGCUAAACCGUUGGCAGUGAGCUAGCUGUCGGGUUCUAAGGACAGACUAAGGAAAGGAGCUAGAAUUUGUCACCUCCUGCUCACUGCAUUGCUCACCAUAGCCACUAGGUGGAGCCAACUCGAGCCCAUGAUCAACAGAUGAAUCAAAACGCGCAGCGUACUUACACACUGGAAUCUGGCCUCCUUCAGUUGUCUUCUGUCCACCAGCUGGUCCACGUCUGUCCACAUCUUGCCUCGGCCCUGAGGUCCAGCUUGGCCCUGUGCACUGGGCAACUGGGCUCAUCUGUAUCUAUCUUCAGCUAUACCUCCAGGAAGACCUCUGAAUUUCAUGGUCUCCCCAACCCUUCUGCAGCGAGUGCGCAUGCACACACACACACACACACACACACACACACACACACACGGACAUUAAUAGGAGUAUUAAAAUCGGGGUGAAAGAACAUAUAUUUGUUAAACACUAGAGAUUGAGACUGCUUGGCAAAUUGAAGUCUCAUGAGCCUAGGGUUACUGCAGGAAGCUAGGAAGCCUGGCAAGACAAACAUGUCUGCCCGUUAUCUGUGCACUCGGGACAACUUACAACCGUGUCUCAGUUACUGUUACUGCUGUGCAGGCACCAUGACCCUUAAAGCAACUUAUAAAAGGAAGAAGUUAUUGGGACUUAGAGUUUCAGAAGGCGAGUAGAGUCCUGCCAGUCACUGCAGGGAACAUGACAGCAGGCCGGCAGGCAUGGGGCCAUGGCAGGACAGAGAGCUUGAUCUGAUCCGUGAGGACAAGGCCUGGGGCUUUGCAAUGUCAGAGCCUCCCAAUCCUCCCCAAACAAUUCCACUGCCCAGGGGCCACGCCUUGGAUAUAUGAGCCUCAGAUGGUUGUAUCUGCCGCCCCCAAAGCAGCUCCCAUCCGAGUGCGAUGCGUACCUGCGAGAGGGAGGGCUGGACAGAGCAACCACAGCCUGCCCUCCAAGUAGCCUAUCCCCUACAGGGGAAGCCAGGCUCUGUAAUCUCAGAGCAGGAAGGAUGGCCAGAGGGUGGGAAACACGUUGUGCAAUUGGCCACUUGAAGACCACUUACAGUGACCACAAACUGAGGGCUAAUCCGCAAGGCACUGCAGCACCACCCACCUCAAAGGAGGGAGACAUUCCAGGAAGUGCUGGGGCCCAUGCACCGGGAGACUGUGUGCUCAGCAGGCCUUGAGUCGAUUUCCCUCCAACAGAUAUCCAGUUUUUAAUAGUUAGCCUUUGUAUCCCGUCUUUCAAACACAUUUAUCUUUAUUUGUGUGUAUGUGUGGGCGAAUCUGCGUGUGUAUACACAUAUGAUAUGGUGCUCUAGGAGGCUAGAGAAGGGCACUGGAGCCGAGGCAGUUGCGGGCCGCCCGAAAGGGCUUCUGGAAAUUGAACUCUAGUCCUUUUUGAGAGCAGCCAGUGCUCUUGGCCACUGAGUCAUCUCUCCAGCGCCUGGACCCGUGUCUUAAACUAACGCAGGGGCUGGAGAGAUGGCUCAGCAGUUAACAGCACUCACUGCUUCUUCAGAGGAUUACGCUUCCCAGAACCCACAUGGCCUCUCACAACCACCUGUAACUGCAGAGGAGCCAACAUUCUCCUGUGGGCACUGCACGCACGUGUGUGCAGGUAAAACACCCAUACACAUAAAAUAAAAAUCAGUUAGAUCUCAACCACUGGACCCCUUUUGUCUCCUAGAGACCGUUCAAGACACCACCCGUUAUGCCAGGAUCACGAGACCCUCAGAGACCACCAGGAGACGACUCGAUGCAAUUGCAAGAGAGCUUUAUUACAAGAGCGAUGGAAUUUGGGACCCAAGUCUCACUGACGUAGCAGUGACUCUGAGCAAGCAGAAUUUUUAAAGGGAAAAAAGGCAAGCAGGGGGUUUCCAUGGCAGCAGGCAGGGGGGUUCAUGCCUUGGCAUUACAGGAUUGGGUGACCUUUUACAUAAUCACAAUUGCCAUUCUUCUAAACUACAUCUGCAACUUUCGGGAAAAUUUUCCCAACCGAUUCUCAUUAAUUAUUGCCAGGGAGAUUGUCUCUAUUUUCUAUCAAGUAUUUAUUCUGUGAUAUUUCCUGGAGGCUGUUGCUAGGAGAGUUAACUUUGUUUUCUGCCAAGUGAUAUUUCCUGGUACCUGAGUUUAGCUCCAGGUCAAGAUGGGUCCUUAUUUCAAAAUGGAGUCACCCAGGCUAACUUAAACUCUUCACACCCAAAGGCACAGCAAUCACCAUCUGCCUUCUCCAAAAUUUUUAAUUCUAAAACCUGCUCCAUGACAACACCCUGAUUCAGCCCAAAGCAGCCCUCCGAACACUAUGCAUGAAGUCUGGUCCACCACCAUCCCAGCUUGUAACAAAACAGAGGGCAGAAGGUAUUAGCUCCACUGAGGCCAUUUUGUCCCUCAUCGACCACUGGAGCUGGUACCGUCCACCACUGCCGGCUGAAGUACUCUAUGGCGCUCGACUUCACAGCUAGCUGCAGCUUUCUCAUGUCUAGAGCGCACUCAUGUUCUCCACAGGUCUACACGUGGGCCAGGACUCUGGCGCUGUGGAGUUGCUCACCCUUUGCCCCCAUCUCUAAGCUAACAAAGAGGAGUUCAGUAGGAGCUAGAAGGGUUUGGAGCCCAAGUGUCUGAGACUGGAGAGCGGCCGCAGGAGCAAGACAAGCGUCUGCUGGUGCUGGAGUCCUCGCCGGGAAGGACAGUCUAAAGAUUUCAAAAAGACUGUACAGGCGCCUCCUUCCCGCACUGCUGCUCUUCCUACAGAAGACUCUCUAGUUAUUUGUUUGUUUAUUUAUUCACUUUACAUCCGAUUGUAGGCCCCCACCUUGUCUCCUCGCGGUCCCGCCCUCCCUCCUUCUCCCUCUCCCCCGUCCUCCCUUAGCAACAAACGCCAGCCUAUCAAGUCUCAUCAGGACUGGCUGCAUGCUCUUCCUCUGUGACCUGGCAAGGCAGCUCUGCUGUGGGGAAGUGACUGAGGAGCAGGCAACAGAGCCCAUGUCAGAGACAGCCCUGCUCCCCUUACUCGGUAACCCACGUGAAACUGGGCUACCUCUGAGCAAGGGUCUCAGUUGGUGCAUCGGUCUCCACAGGCCUCCCUGGGCCCAGGUUCUACACAAGGCUUUUGCACACCUUUUUGGAUGCGAAGUGUCUUCGUGGUAUACAGUUAGAUCACUUAGUUCACCCCCGGACUCUUGUUUGACCAGCCCUCAAGGUUCCCCGGAAGGCGUUAAUACUUCCGGAAUGAAUCCAGCCUUGUUCAGCUCUGCCUCACCUCUGAUCGCUCCGAAGGUUCUAACAGGAGCUGAGCAGCACUGUUCGGGCAAGCCCUGCAGGGCAGGACACAGUCAGGGUCUUUCUGUGGCGUCGGCCCUCCUGCUCCUAAGUUCACUUCCACCGUCCUGCGGAAUAAACAAGCCCCUAUCGGACGCGGGUCCUCGUGGAACAGGACUCCCACCGCGGCAUGUCUGCCUGAGGCCUGCGCCACCGGAAGCCAAAGCCGGGCACCGCCAAGACGGCGGGUCCUCCGAGACACCUAGAGAGUUACGGGGAUUGGCCGCGAGGUGCGAUGACGUAUUUCCGGACCAGCAGUCUUUAAAUCCCGAGGGUCACGGUGCAGCAACUUCCGGUUGCCUCGAGGCCGCCGAGGCUUUUCACAGCGCUAGGUUCUGAAAGUUUUAAGCCUGUAUUUACUACAAGACUAAAAGAUUUGAUAAUGGAAAAUAUCUGCAUAAAAGCUGAGCCUCAGGAAACAGUGGCUUGUGAAGAUGUGCCGUUGUACUUCACGGAGCAGGAAUUGGCCAGCUUGAGACUCGAUGAGAAAGCGCUGUACAAGGAGGUGGUGCUGGAGAACUUCCUACACCUGGCUUUUCUGGGCGGCUUGGCUGCGGAGAAGGCUGCGGGGCCGGAAGCGGCCGGUGCUGGCGUCCUGCCUCUUGCUGGUCCUGUCUGCAGUGGCUGUCACCCACUUUCCCCCAGAGCAUCCAGCUUCCACCCCAGGACGUGGUCCCAGGGAGCCUCGGGCGGAAACUGGCGUGCCUAACGCUGGUGCUCGGCAGACUCUGACCUGGAGGCAGCGGCUGGGGAAGCUCUGGGGGGGCCGGGCGUGGCCCAGAAAUUCCACCGUGGUCUGUGCCGAGGAGCAAGUCCACGGAAGGCGAGUGGACAGAAACAGACACCCGCUGGGGGUCCGGAGAGAUGUCACUGUGGCGGGAGAGAGGACGCUCAGCGCCCAGCAUCCUGCGCUUCUUAUGGAGGAUGGGGCCAAAGAGGCAGGAGGGGCAGCCCUGGACCCACCUGGGCAGGACGGUCCCGUCCACGAGACACAGAGUAAGGCCGACCCCCAGGUUGCCCGGCUCUCGGGGAGCAGCCAGGCAGCUGUCCGGGCGCGGAGAGGGACGGCUGCACCGAGCGUCAGGCCCCAGCCGCGGGUGCCAGGAGCCAAGGACAGAGCCUUGAGCGGUGGGAAGGCUGGGGGCGCCUCAGAGUCUGUGGCUCAUUGGUGGCCUGGCUCCGCGGGGGAGCUGCGGACGUCCGCGUGGUGCCGCACGGAGAGCGCGGGGCCGGCCAGCGCUGCGCCCUCGGGGCGGGCCCCACCGUGGUUCACCGAGCGUGACGUGCGGACUCUCGGGCUGCUGGCCCGCGGGGAGGUGGUGGGCAGCGCCAGGGUCCCUGCGCACGGGCAGGUGCUGCAGGUCGGACUGUCUGCCCGGCGGGGCACGCCGCCUCUCCGGCUCAGCCAGCUCUGCGCCCAGGGCCUCUGCGGCCUGAUCAAGAGGCCCGGGGACCUGCACGAGGUCUUGUCCUUCCACGUGGACCGGGUGCUGGGACUCGGGCGGAGCCUGCCGGCCGUAGCCCGCAGCUUCCACAGCCCCCUGCUGCCCUACCGCUUCACGGAUGGCAGCCCGAGGCCCGUCAUCUGGUGGGCGCCCGACGUGCGGCACCUGGGAGACCCGGAGGAGGACCAGAACUCCCUGGCCUUGGGCUGGCUGCAGUACCAGGCCCUGCUGGCCCGGGGCUGCGGCUCCUCGUGCCUGGGCGUCCAGCACGCCGAGUGGGCACGUUUGGCACUCUUUGACUUCCUGCUGCAGGUCCACGACCGCCUGGACCGCUACUGCUGUGGCUUUGAGCCUGAGCCCUCAGACCCCUGCGUGGAAGAGGGCCUCCGGGAGAAGUGCCGGAACCCGGAGGAGCUGCGGCUUGUCCACAUCCUGGUCCGGAGCACCGAUCCCUCUCACCUGGUGUACAUAGACAAUGCCGCCCGGCUUCAGCAUCCGGAGGACAAGCUGGACUUUCGGCUGCUGGAAGGCAUAAACGGGUUUCCCGAGUCCGCUGUGAAGGUUCUUGCAUCCGGGUGUCUUCCAAACCUGCUGCUCAAGUCGCUUCGGGUGGAUCCAGUGUUCUGGGAGAGCCAAGGUGGAGCUGGGGGCCUGAAGCGUAUCCUUGUGACACUGGAGAGGAGAGCACAGGUCCUGCUGACACACAUCCAGACGCACAACCUCACGCUGUUCAGAGAGCAGGGCCCGUGAGCCCACUGCUGUCUGGGCAGAGCACGCCUGCUGGAGGACUUCCUGUAAACCUAAGCUGGUGAGUGCUCCCAGGCCUUGACAGCAGCUGCCACCCGCCACCCAAUGACAAGUGGGAGGAGCCAGAGCUUACACUGCCAUGGGAGGGCUCGCCUGCUGGGCACGGCGGAGGGCCUGCAGUCUCACUCCCUGUCCAUGUUCUCAGCUCUGGUUAUUACUCUCACGCAUCAAUAAAUAUGUUCAAGAAUG